AUGUGGACCGCUGUGGCGCGCGGGGGCUUGGGCUGGGGGGUCUGCUGCUGCUUGUCGCUGCUGGUGACAGUAGUGAUCGGGGCGCAGAGUGCAAACGAGCCCAGCAACAUGUCCUACGUGAAAGCCACCGUGGACAAGCUGCUGAAGGGCUAUGACAUCCGUCUGCGGCCUGAUUUUGGAGGCGCUCCUGUGGAUGUGGGCAUGAGCAUAGACAUCGCCAGCAUCGACAUGGUGUCUGAAGUCAACAUGGACUACACCAUCACCAUGUACUUCCAGCAGUCGUGGAGAGACAAGCGGCUCUCCUACACCGGCAUUCCUCUCAAUCUGACCCUGGACAACCGGGUGGCCGACCAGCUGUGGGUCCCUGACACCUACUUCAUUAAUGACAAGAAGUCUUUUGUUCAUGGCGUGACGGUGAAGAACCGGAUGAUCAGACUGCACCCUGAUGGAACUGUUCUCUACGGUCUCAGGAUCACCACGACAGCUGCCUGCAUGAUGGACCUGCGCAGAUACCCACUGGAUGAGCAGAACUGCACCUUGGAGAUUGAAAGCUAUGGAUACACCACUGACGACAUCGAGUUCUACUGGCAGGGAGGACCCAACAUAGGCUCGGUCACUGGAGUGGAGAACAUCGAACUGCCCCAGUUCGACAUCAUAGACUACCAGACCCAAUCCAAGAAAGCUGUGUUUGCCACAGGCUCUUAUCCACGUCUGUCCCUGAGCUUUAAGCUGAAGAGGAACAUUGGCUAUUUCAUCCUGCAAACCUACAUGCCCUCCACCCUGAUCACCAUCCUGUCCUGGGUCUCCUUCUGGAUCAACUAUGAUGCGUCGGCUGCCAGAGUAGCUUUGGGUAUAACCACGGUGCUGACCAUGACCACCAUCAAUACCCACCUUAGGGAGACUCUACCCAAGAUCCCCUACGUCAAGGCCAUUGACAUUUACCUGAUGGGUUGCUUUGUCUUCGUCUUUCUGGCCUUGUUGGAGUACGCCUUUGUCAACUAUAUCUUCUUCGGUCGUGGUCCUCACCUGCAGAAGAAGGUGGCAGAGAAAGCUGCAAAGUCCAACAACGAGAAGAACCGACUGGAGAGCAACAAAGUCCAGGUUGACGCUCACGGCAACAUCCUCCUGACCAACCUGACCAGUGAGAUGAGUGGAGCAGAUAUGAUGGGUGUUCUCAAUGACCCUCGGGCUACGAUGUUCUCCUACGACAGCGCCAGCAUACAGUACCGCAAGCCCAUGACCAGCCGAGACCUGUACGGACGACCGGCCCUCGACCGGCCAAUGGGCCACAAGAAGGGGCGCUUGCGGAGGAGGGCCUCGCAGCUCAAAGUCAAGAUCCCCGACCUCACGGAUGUCAACGCCAUAGACAAGUGGUCUCGCGUGGUUUUCCCGAUUGCGUUCACCUUCUUCAACCUGGUCUACUGGUUUUACUACGUCAAUUAGGGUGGCAGUAGAGAAAGUUAACCGGGGCUUGUACAGCGAUGAAAACGAUGGAGCAUUUGUAUAAAUUGUGUUUUGGAAUGAGAUGUAGAACUGGAUGUCUUUACAAUGUAAAUACAAUUUAAUAUAUAAUAUAUAAAUAUAUAUAUAACAGAGGUAUAAUUUAUAAAAAAUCCUAUCACUUUUCCUGUACUCAUCUGUACAAAAUAGAUGGAUGAAAAUAAUGGAAUUUAAGACACAGUAAAGACAUAGUAUCUCUAAGCAAAAACUUGCCAAAAAGACUUUUGAAAUGACCGGCAAUGAUCUUUCAUUUGUUCUAUCUCAUUUACUUACCUUCUGUUAUCUCACUUUUUGCAUGUGAAUGAAACACAACCUUUUUGUUUGCUUAAGGUAAAAAAAAAAACAAGAGACAAAGAAGCCCAGUGCAAAACAAGUAGGUGACUUGUAACUGAAGCUCACCUAACUUAUUAUGAGAAGACAUGUUGUUGAUUCCCAUCGUAAUAUAUAGUCCUUAUUUGGCGCUCAGUGCUCCGACUGAGGUUUUUUUUGUAGACUUGCGUUGAAAUCCUUCUCUGACAGUCAUAUGCAAGCUAUAAAACAUGUCAAAUUGCUUUUUAUGAUGCGGGGUUAUUUCUGACAAGUUUCUUUUCUUUAAAAAAAGAAGCUUUGCAUGGCUCUACUGAGCCAAUCUGUAUUAUAAUCAUUAUACUGUAUGCUUGCGAAACAAUCAUUGCAUUUAAGGUAAGUACAGGACAGAGGUUAAUUGGAACUCCAGUCAUUUCUCAAAAACAAAAUGUAUCUACGAUAUUCUCACAGCGUCUGUGAGCAUGUACAAUGUAAUUUUCUUUAAAAGAAAUCAGGUAAAGAAUGACCAAUGAUGUCACCAUGCUUUCAAAAUCACAUUAAAAAUGUAAAGCCCUGAUAAAACUUGCUGCUGGUGUUGCAACACGUGGUCUAACAAACAUUUUCAAUUACAUUUUUGUGAGAUUGUAAAAACUAUAACAAAAUAUUUAUAAAUUAUAAUACAUAACUUAUUGCAUUGGGGUUAUUCUCCCGAUGGGUCAAAUAAUUUAAGCCUACCCCUAAGCACAAGGUCAAUCUUACUCUUAACUUUCAGUUUUUCAGUGGAUUGUCUUUUUUUAUCAAGGCUCAUGAAUAUGGCCGAGGUAUGAGUUCUAAGACCAAGUUCUAGUUUGCUCCAUCUCCAGUCCUCGAUCAGGACCAAAAUACACUACAAAACUAGUGGUGAGGACAGUAAGAUUAUGGCCAUUAAGAUAGAGACAACAACUAGCAUUGCACCAAGUGAAUGCACCUGCCAGCCUGUUCCUGUAAAUUGCAUGCAUAUCGGACAAUUCCUCACCUUGCAAAUUAUGAUUAGUGCCCAUGCAGGAAGAAGGGUGUCCUUAAAACAUAGUGAAAUGGAUAGUUAGAAUGGAGAGGUCAGGAACUUGAAUGGUCAUCUAGCAAGCCCAUGCACAAGACUGGAGUUUGUGUUGGUAAAUUGUUUAAGCUUCAGCAGCGCACAGGUUUUCUGCAUGGGUGCAUAUAUGUAACCAGAAGAUGUGAAACCAAGGACUCUAUUAUUUGUGUUUGUUCCAUAGAUGAUAGUAGGAUUUGUUGUAUGACUUGACCUUCCUUCCAAUUGGUCCUUGAAGAGUUCCUGGAGAUUAUUUGAUAUGAAGGGGAGUAUUGUUAUGUUGAAAAUGUUCAUGAUGAUGAAAUCAAUUUGCUACCAUGUUAAGGUCUUCUACUGCUUUGGGUUCUGGUAUAAACGUGUUAAUCUCUGGGUAUGUACAACUGGCAAAACCAUUAUCAACUCACUCACAGGCAUGCACAGCUGUUAAACCACCAACAGAUCAUUUGAAACCAGAAUGUAUCAAACUAGACAGCACUUUUCUAGCCGUCUGCAGUGCAUAACUCACGUUACAGAGUCAACCCUGUUGCCAGCUAUGAAAGGCAAUACAGGACAUUUAUACUUAGAAUGCCACAAAAAAAAGACAAAGGAUUGUGGUUAUGGCAGAUAAACAACGCCAAUGUACAAUACAGUUUGGCUCCAAAAACAAAAGCACUUGAAUCACCAGGUACACUAGUCAAGUAUGGGGACAAUUUCCUGGAAUACUGAUCUGUUCUUAUCCAAUGAAACACUUUCAUCAGAUUACCAUUGACAGGAAAGGCAUCCUGUACCGUUAAAUAGUAGCCUCAGACACAUCGUGCAUUUAUGUAAUUCUUUAAUCCAGUCAGAGUGACCUGAUAUACCCAAUGUCCUACUUAUCUUGGUAGACCUAGCUAAGGGAGUCUGUCUUGGCAAAUAUCCUAUGAGUUUUCUUGGUUCUAUCAUUGUUUCACUUUAAAGAAGCUGUCUUUUCAAAGCCCACAAACUACACAAGCUUAUUGAUAGACCUUUGCAUUAUAAUUAUUGCAAAACAAAAAGGGAAAUAGAGUCGCUGGUUUUGGUAGAGACUAAUGCUAAUGGUAAAGGCAGUUUCACUUUGUUGUUGCAAGGUUUCUAUUUUACUGGUCACUGAGUGAGUCUAUGGGUGGUGAAUGAUAGGUAACCUCUCCUCAAUUACAUUUAGGAAUUGUCUUUAGAGCUUUGGCCAUAACUUAACUAUCAGUUAAA